UCUCUCUCUCUCUCUCUCUCUCUCUCUCUCUCUCUCUCUCUAUUUCUACGUAGCCAUUUAUUUAACCAAAUAAAUUACGCAUUUUUGUGGGGUUUUUUCGCGCGAUUUGGCGCUGGGAGUUCUCCUUGUUCCAGCGCAUUCUUAGAGAGAGAGGGAGAGAAAGGAGAGAGAGAGAGAGGAGAGAGGAGAGAGAGGAGAUCGAGCUCGUGACAGAGUGGGAACAGCUACGAUCGAGGGGAGCGCCUGCAAUAAUUUUAUAUUUAUUUCCAUUUUGGCCCAUCCCAUGGUGGAAACUAUACAAAUUUCCCGAGCAACGCAGCGCGAUUUAAGCGCCCCUAACGUGACCGUUGUCCCCUUUUAGCGCGUAAAAAUCCAAUCUUUAUGCUUGUUUUGCGAAUUCGGGAGAUGGGUUGGGCGAUUUCUUGCAAAAAGUUGGGAUCUUGAGGCUUUACCCGUUUGUUUCAGCCCUGUGGAAGCUAUUCUAGAGAGAGAAAGGGAGUAUAGAGAGAGAGAGAGUGGUAGCGAGGUGAGAGGAGAGAGAGAGAGAGGGAGAGAUAUUGGAGGGGGGGCCUUCUAGGGUUCCUGAUCUGAGUUUGAGUUCCUCAGGAUUAAUCAUGUUUGCCAUUUUUGAAUCCAUCAGCUAAUUUUUGGCUCUUUUUUGUGUUCUUUUUAUAGAUUACUUUGUUCUGGGAAACUGAUUCAUUCUUUUCUGUAAAAAGAGAUGUCGGGAGCCGUUCUAGUUGCGAUCGCUGCGUCGAUCGGUAAUUUGUUGCAGGGAUGGGAUAAUGCCACCAUUGCAGGAGCCGUCCUCUAUAUAAAGAGGGAAUUCAAGUUACAGAAUGAGCCUACUAUCGAGGGGCUAAUCGUCGCCAUGUCACUUAUUGGGGCCACAAUAAUCACGACGUUCUCCGGAGCAGUAUCGGAUUGGGUUGGUCGCCGCCCGAUGCUAAUUCUCUCAUCAAUUCUCUAUUUUCUUGGCGGUCUCAUAAUGUUGUGGGCUCCCAAUGUUUAUAUGCUACUUCUAGCAAGGCUUAUUGAUGGAUUUGGUAUCGGAUUGGCGGUCACUCUUGUUCCGGUAUAUAUUUCUGAGACUGCCCCUCCAGAAAUAAGAGGGUUGCUGAAUACUUUGCCUCAGUUCAGUGGUUCGGGAGGAAUGUUUUUGUCUUAUUGUAUGGUUUUUGGUAUGUCAUUGAUGCCGAAACCGGAUUGGAGGGUGAUGCUUGGAGUUCUCUCAAUUCCUUCGCUAUUGUACUUCGCCUUAACAAUUUUCUAUUUACCGGAAUCUCCGAGGUGGCUCGUGAGUAAAGGGAGAAUGGUCGAAGCAAAACAGGUUUUGCAGAGACUACGAGGAAGGGAAGAUGUCGCAGGAGAAAUGGCUCUGCUUGUUGAAGGAUUGGGCGUAGGAGGGGACACGUCCAUUGAGGAAUACAUCAUCGGACCCGCUAAUGAGCCGACCGACGAACAUGCUGCUCCCUCUGACAAGGAACAGAUCACACUAUACGGUCCUGAAGAGGGCCUUUCUUGGGUCGCCCGGCCCGUUAAGGGUUCAAGUGCCCUAGGAAGUGCACUAGCCCUUGCCUCUCGCCACGGCAGUAUGGUGAACCAAAACGUUCCUCUCAUGGACCCCGUAGUUACCCUUUUCGGAAGCGUCCACGAGAAACUCCCCGAAACAGGAAGCACAUUAUUUCCCAAUUUUGGCAGUAUGUUCAGCGUAGCAGAGAAUCAACCCAAAACUGAGCAUUGGGAUGAAGAGAGCAUUCAAAGAGAAGGGGAAGAAAAUUAUGCGUCUGAUAAUGGUGAAGGCGAUUAUGAUGAUAAUAACCUUCAAUCUCCGUUGCUUUCCCGCCAAACAACAUGCAUGGAAGGGGGGAAGGAUGUUGUAGUACCAAAGAGUGCUAAUGGAAGUGUUUUAAGUAUGAGAAGGAAUAGUAGCCUCUUGCAAGGUUCUUCUUCAGCAGUGAAUAGUAUGGGCAUUGGCGGAGGAUGGCAGUUGGCUUAUAAAUGGUCAGAGAAAGAAACGCUGGAUGGAAAGAAAGAAGGCGGUUUUAAAAGAAUAUAUUUGCACCAAGAGGGUGUGCAAGGGUCGAGAAGAGGCUCUCUUCUUUCAAUUCCUGGAGUCGAUGCUCCUGAAGAAGGGAGUGAGUUUAUACAUGCAGCAGCAUUGGUGAGCCAGUCCGCUCUUUACUCUAAGGAACUGUUGGACCAGGGCCAGCGACCAGUUGGUCCGGCUAUGGUCCAUCCGUCAGAGGCGGCUGCUCGCGGCCCGGUGUGGAGGGAUCUCUUAGAGCCUGGAGUUAAGCAUGCAUUGCUUGUUGGUGUUGGGAUCCAAAUCCUUCAGCAGUUUGCUGGCAUAAAUGGAGUUCUCUACUAUACCCCUCAAAUACUCGAGCAAGCCGGUGUGGAUGUACUCCUUGCAAAUAUUGGCAUUAGGCCGGAUUCAGCAUCUAUUCUCAUCAGUGCUCUUACCACUCUGUUAAUGCUCCCCGCUAUUGGUGUCGCCAUGAGGCUCAUGGAUCUUUCAGGAAGAAGGUUUUUACUGUUGACUACUAUUCCUGUCCUCGUAGCCUCCUUGAUCAUCUUGGUCAUCUCCAACGUCGUGGCCAUGGGCACGGUUCUUCAUGCAGUACUUUCCACCGUCAGCGUGAUCGUCUACUUCUGCUGCUUUGUUAUGGGCUUCGGCCCGAUCCCCAACAUUCUCUGUGCGGAGAUCUUCCCGACGCGGGUCCGUGGUAUCUGCAUCGCGAUUUGCGCGCUGACCUUCUGGUUCGGCGAUAUCAUUGUCACCUACACGCUUCCGGUGAUGCUCAACUCCAUCGGCCUCGCGGGCGUUUUCGGAAUAUAUUCCAUCGUUUGCGUGGCUGCUUUCAUAUUCGUCUUCCUUAAGGUCCCCGAAACCAAAGGCAUGCCUCUUGAGGUCAUUACGGAGUUCUUCGCGGUCGGCGCAAAGCAGGUCCAGGCUGCUAAAGAGUGAAUUGAGUCUGAAAACUUUUUGGAUUACUAAUUGCACCGCAUUUAUCAAUUCUUUUGGGGCUUCUUUACAAAGUUCAAAGUUAGGGUGAAAGAGAAAAGAAGUGAAGGAUACUUAAAACCGGAAGAAGGCUCGGGAUUUUGCCGCGAUGGGGUGGAUGAAUUUGUUAUUUUGGUAUUUAUAUUUUGCAAAGAAGUAUUCAUUAUAGCAGGACAUUCCAAAAUGUUCUGCUUUUUGUGUUUAGUUUCCUUAUGUUUGUUUAAUUGUGACAUUUGUUUUGUAAACAUUGAAGCAAUUUUGAUCUGUUAGAAACCGGUCCGAUUAUUUUGUGUUGUCUCUGUUCUAAUAAAGGAAUAGUUUGCAAAAUAAGAUUCUGAUUACUUUCUUA